AGGCCAUCGCUAGUAGGUUGGAGACCAUAGCUAGUAGGUUGGAGACCAUAGCUAGUAGGUUGGAGGCCAUCGCUAGUAGGUUGGAGACCAUAGCUCGUAGGUUGGAGGCCAUCGCAAGUAGGUUGGAGGCCAUUGCUAGUAGGUUGGAGGCCAUCGCUAGUAGGUUGGAGGCCAUUGCUAUUCGUAAAGAGUGAAUAUGAGUAGAUUCAUUCAGAACUAAACUUCAAAGUGGUGAUUGCUGCAGAUGUCCAAAGCCUGCAGAGGAGAUGGUGACGAUAUAUCACAAAAAGACACAAAGACAUGCCCAUGGUGACCCAGCUGCUUCUUCGUUGGGGGUCAUUCGCUUGGGAGGAUUAUAUAAGUAGUGUUGAGUUUGUUGGAUGCCAUGAGUGAAAAUUGGCGGCUGCUUGUUCAGCAAGAUUGUACUCCAGGCUUGCGGUCUAAUAAGUGUCUGUGGCAAGACUCAAGAGUAAGAGGUUGGCCCCAAGCGCUGUGACCUGUGGAGGAAAGCUCGUGAAGACGGAUUGGGACAAUUGCAUACUCUUUGAGGCCACCGGCACCACCUCAGAGUCGCCUGAAGCGAAGCGUUUGGAUGAAGCAGAGCUGGAGGAGGUGGAAGAGCUGCAUACCCAUCUCAUGAAGCUCUUCCAAGCCAAGCAGAGUGCAGACCGCAAGGCUGCCAAGAAAGGUGAAGGCGAGGAUCAAAGCUUGAUGACCUCUUUGCGGGGCUUGAGCUCGAAAAGGUUCAAGGGCAUGGACCAUUUGGACCAGCGAAAGCGGCUGCUACUGCUGUCCCAGAUCGCAGCAGAGACUGAUCAAGACUAUGCCGCAACUGCCAAUGAACUCAGCUCUACCUGGUGGGAUGAAGAUGAUGAGUUUCCAGGUGACCACUGCCUGUGGAAGGAUGGCUAUGUCUCCCUCAUCAACUACUUGGCUCAAGGCCUGGAUGUACGUCUUGGAACUCCUGUGGUCAAGAUCGAUUUCUCUGUCCCUAGCCACCUCACCCUGCAUUUGUCUGGUGGAGAGCAAAUCGACGCGGACUAUUGUAUCUGCACUUUGCCUUUGGGUGUACUGAAACACCAUCACGAGAGCCUCUUCCAUCCAUCUCUGCCCGAUCAGAACGUGGAUGCUUUGAGACGCCUGGGUGUGGCAGCCAUGGAGAAGGUGGCCCUGCGCUUUGAGGAGAGCUUUUGGGAGCAGAUGGCUCCCAAUGUGCACUGCAUAUACCGGAUGCCCACACAGGAGGCGCGGCGAGCGCCCACGGCUCUGGAGGCUUCCUUCUGCGUGAGCCUGAAGCAUGUGACAGGGUCUAACGUCCUUGUGGUGUACUACGUGACGGACACCGCGCGACACAUGGCGACCCUUGAGGAGGAGAAGCUGGUGCCAUCAACGCUGGCGCUGCUGCAAUCCAUGUUCCCAGACAUGCCAGAGCCACUGGAAGUGAAAAGGACCACGUGGGACCAGGACCCCUUCACCUGUGGCGCCUAUUCCUUCAAUGCUGUGUCCUGCUCCUCGCAGCAUCGCCUUCACCUCCGAUCGCCCGUCGGCCUCGAGGGGUGCCCCAAGCGGGUGCACUUCGCAGGGGAGGCCACCAGCGACCGCUUCCCCUCCACGGUGCAUGGCGCCUACCUCGAGGGCCGCCGGGCCGCGCAAGAGGUGCCCCAGCUGAGAGCCAAGCUCAGAGACUUGGGGCUGGAUGAUCAGGGCAUUCGGAAGACGCUAGUGGAGCGACUGCUGGCGGCCGGGCGCGGCUUGGAGAGCUCCGUUGCGGUGAGUCUCCAGGCACCUGCGGUGCAAUUCAUCGUCAAUGCCAGCGUGGGGCGGAUGGCCCGCGUGGUUGGCGUUCGCGCGGGGCAGCUGUGGGUGCUGGGAGACUUCACAGGUCGGAGCAGCGGGCUUGACCCUCUCAGCGGGAAACUACUGUGGUCUUCCAGCUCGGGACUGGAGUCAAUCUCUCACACUGCUGUCGUGCCCGGUUCUGAUCUGGUGCUGUGUGCAAGCGGUUGGACUGGCAAUGUUUCAGCCAUCACCGGAGAGAGUGCCUGCUGGAGCUUGGAUGCCGAUGUGGGAGAGUACGCGCGUGUGGCCUGGUCUCCAGCAUCGAAUCUCGCGAUCUACGCGGGAGGCGGAAGAGUGCACAAAGUGGCAGGUGUGGAUUCGGGCGGAUCUCUGCGCUACUGUGUCGAUGCUGGCAUCGGGGCAGUCUGGAGCCUUUGCUCUUCAGGGUCGCGGGUCGUGUGCGGUGGCAGCUGGAGCAGGCCAGAGCACACGGCACGGGUGGCAUCGUUGGAUGCCGAGUCUGGAGAGGUGCUCUUCAGCUCCGAUCCUGGAGUUGGGAGAUAUAUCGUAACUGCUCUUUCACGUGAUGGAGGUGUGGCCUUUUGCGGCGGAGAGAAUGGCAUGGUGACAGCGCUGGAUUCUGCCACAGGCGAGGUGCGCUUUCGAGCCGAGUCCUCCGUGGAGGAGGUGUGGCACUUGGAGGUGACCGAGGAGCUGUUGCUUUGCAGCGGCGGCUGGUCGGAGCUGAUGUCAGCGUUGGACCUGCAGGGCCAGCAUCGCUGGGGCCCCAUGAACGCCACGGUGGGCAAGAUCUUCAGCCUCUUGCAACUGCCACACGACGAUCUAUUGCUUUGUGGUGGCUCCAACAGCCGCGUGGCCGGGCUCCAGCUCAGCUCGGGCCAACUUCGUUUCUCGGUGGACUUGCCGGACGUCGGGGAGAUCUGGAGCAUGGCCUAUGACCCGAGCUCCAGGCUCCUCUUCUGCGGUGGAAACAAGGAGCUGGUGGCGGCAGUGCAGCUGUGA